UGAAGACAGCUGGCUCGCUCAAGGGUCUCUCGUUGAUGCCGGCCCCUCUGCGAUGGCGGUGACUGAGAAUGUGUCCAGCUGUUCCCUGAGCGCCAUGUGGGACUGGUCGCAUUUGUCGCUUUCGGGGACGGCGCCAACCGUGUGUUUGUUAGACGCGGCAGCUGACCUGCUGGUGCUGGAGAGGAACUUUGCCGGAGCCCUGGAGCUGUGCGAGAGAGGCCUGCAGAUCUUAUCGGCGGGCGGCGGAGACACAAAGAACGCACAAGUGAAGGCCUCGCUGUGUGUCAUCGGGAUUCAGGCCCUGGCCGAGAUGGACCAAUGGAGAGAGGUCCUGCCCUGGCUCUUCCAGUAUUAUCAGAAUGCACAGGAGAUGCCGCACAACAUCAUGGAGCUCUGCCUCCUUCUGUACAGCAGUGUGAAGCAGCCCCAUGUGAUGCUGGAUCUGAGCCGGGAUUGGCUGAGAGAUCCCAACAACCAGCUCCUGCCAGGGUACCGGAAGGUGGCGGAACUCCACCUCCUGCGUAUUCUGCUCCCCCUUGGUCACUUGUCGGAGGCCGAGGAGCUGGUACAAGACCCCAGAGCGUUCACCGCUCAGCAACAGGAAGUGGCUCUCUCAGCCGUGGCCGAGCAGAGGAGGCGUCUGAAGCGGGAGGAGGAAGAGGAGGCCGAGAGGGAGAGUCCGGGGGAGCCAGACCAUCCUCCAGCGGCAGGAGGCGCACUGGCGAGGCGUGAACGUUUGGUGCGAAUGUACGGGGCGCUGAGCGUGGCGGUGACGUGGGUUCGCAGAAUUCCACUCCAACGCUUGUUGGUGGCGCUACUCCUGAUGUCCGUCAUCCUGCUGCGACUGGAUCCAGCUUCUCCAAUGUCCCAUGGUCCUAUCGCUCAUCUGCUUCUCCUCCUGCGACAAAUGGCCAACAGCGUCUUCAAGAAUUCACCACCAAGUCGGCCAUGAGCCGCUGAAAGGCCUUUCCACUUAAA